GAAGAAUUUCCGUGAGCGCAGUGUCUACCGCGCCGAGUACAUGAUGGUGAUGUUCUGUUGUCGAGCAAUGGAACGCUGGGAAGUGUAUUGAUUUUCCAAAAUGGCUAAGGAAUGACAACAUAUGGACCAAAUCUGAGGGAAUUUUAAAGUAAUUUUCAGUAUGAAACUUGUGCUACUCUGGUUUAUUAUUUACGUGUCGCUGAGCAGCGAAGUUCUAGCCAGCGUAGAAUUCUAUCCAGAUGUGACUCCAGAGGAUUACGUUAUAGAGCAAGUGGCAAGGAGAUUUCUGCAGGACAGCCAGCACCGUCCUUUCAACAGUCCUGGCGCAAUUCCGGGACUGAGGCCGGAUCCAGGGUUCACCUAUCGGUUUCCGGUGCAUUCUCCUUCCACUGAAGAAACUUCCCCCUUCGCAGUUAGCCCGUCCGAUCCACGUUACUAUGAAGAUACACGGAGCCUAACAGACAACCUGGAUGUAAUCCAACAUCUGUUUCCGCGCCAGCCCAAGUCAGAGGAGGACUACAACGACAGGUUUUCAUUCGACCUGAACACAGGACCUCAGACCGUGAGGACGCCUCAGGAGGCAGGUCAGAAGACGAGUGACGAGGAAGCAGAUACUGAGACUUCAAGCUUAGACAAAGUAUCUUCAUCCGAGGAAACGAACCCAUCAAUUUACCAACUGUACAAGACUCCGGUUUCAGCUGAUCCAGACGAUAAAUCCGAUUUGUAUUUUAUUGCUUUGGUGGCUGGUUGCAGUGCCGCAGCUGUAGUGGGGGUGAUAGUAGCAGGAAUCAGUUGGUACAAGUUGCAGAAGAACGCUAAAGCAGCAGCUGAUGUGGAAUACCCAGCAUAUGGUGUUACUGGUCCCAAUAAGGAAGUUUCUCCAACGGGCGACAGAAGGUUAGCGCAGUCCGCCCAAAUGUACCACUACCAGCACCAAAAACAGCAGAUCAUUGCAAUGGAGAGUCGUGUUACAAAUGAACGCAACGGAUCUGUGUCUGAGGCAGAGAGUGAGGAGGAAAAUGAAGAAGGUGACUAUACAGUGUAUGAAUGCCCUGGAUUAGCUUCAACGGGUGAAAUGGAAGUGAAGAACCCGCUGUUCCAAGAUGAUCCAACUCCAGCAACCCCGGCAGUUACACCAGCGCCAGCAGCUGCAGGUUCAGCAGUUUCAGAGCAAGUCAGUAGCAAUACUGCUGAUGAAAAGAAGUAACCACAGCUUUCAGUUCUUCCCCUCUUCCACAAUAGCAGCGUCAGUGUUUUGUUUUGUGUGAAUUAUGUCUUCAUUACACACAUAAAAGAGAACUAAACUAAAUAUAUUAAGUUAUGUCAUACAUGUACUGUUUCAUUACUUUUACAUAAGGGUAAAAUAUGGUUAUGAAGAACCAGAAGUGUAAGCCAAAUGGAAGUAUUUUAAGGCAAAAAAUUUGUUGCAUGAAAAGAUUACAUAAAACAAGUAUUUAAAUAAAGAAAUCUGACAAGCAUCUUCCAUAACUUAGAUGGUGGCAUUCUGAAAACUGUUGUUUUAAGUUUUCAUAAUUGACUUAAUUAUAUAUCCUUGCAGGCCAGACUACCUGCAGAACACUGCAUAAUGAUGAAAUGAAAAAUGAUGUUAUAUCACUGUGAGACAUUUAUUUCAUGCACCUCCUACGUAGGAACUACAGUCAACUGAUCUUCAUGCCAUUCAGGAAAAUUUUACUUUCUUUUCGAUCACUAAAUUGUUAUAAAUUUAAUAACAGUGAAGUAAUUAUAUCGAAAUUUGGUCAGUAUGCUUUCUUCAAAUUGCUGGGUAAGCCUAAUUAGAUUGAAGGGUCAGUUUAAAGCAUACAACAUGAAACACAAGAGAUAUAAUAUGUGCUAGAGACUAAAGUAUAAUUAUAUAAAUAUAAGACUCUUGGCUUAGAGAAUCAGUUCUGGAUAUUGUCUUAGAGCCCAUGAUCAAUUUUUGUCUAGCAGCUAUGCCAGAUUUGUAUAUAUUCAAACAGUCAGGUUUAUUAACUUGUACUGACAAUCUGAAGACAUGCAAAAGUGGUCAUGAUAUAUUUUCUGUUUCCCUCCGUGGUAAUGCGGUUACCUCUAUAUGUUGACAUUUCCACAUCUUUGUAAUUAAACGCAUAUAGUUAUUAUUAAACAACUGCUAUGCAAUCUGGGAGCCUGAUUUGUGUAUCAAAACUAAUAAAAAACCUUUUAUGUGGUGUCUUACAUGGAUUAAGUUAAAUUAUUUUCUAGUGUUCAUAAUUUGACCUUUCUUAUGUAAGAUACAGAUAGGGUGCUGCACAGCUAACGAAUUAUGUAAGAAAUAGAGUCCUUUUCCAUAAACUUUUCUUCAAGUUUUCCCUCUUAGGUAGUAUUAUAACAAAAAAUAAAAUAAUAUAAUCAAAAUAUAUUGUCUUUCCCUCAUUACAACAGUGAUGCCUGAAUCCCAGUAAACUGUGUACUAAUUGUGUGUAUCUCUUGUCCUCCAGUGUUCUGUGCCACAACAUUGUGUGGCUGCUUUCAGUACAAGGAAACGAGCCUCUGUUGAUCAUAAGAAAAGUAAACAUACCAUAAUGUUAAUUAAUUAACUGAUCAUAAAAUGUAAAGAAAUAUUGUUUAUGGCAGGACAGAUAUCGAGAAUGCAUUUCAUCAGAUAAUGAGAAUUAUUGCAGAACAGAUAGAUUUUGUUUGGUAUAAUUCCAGUGAUAACCUCCACGAUUAACUUUUAACAUUUUUACUGGCUGUAGGGGUCUCAUUUUCGGUUUAAAAUUUAUCAUAUAUCUCGACAGUUUUAAAUUGCUUCCUGUGUAGAUGCAACAGAUGCAAUAUCAGUUCUGCUAUAUGUGAUGAUUAUUUUCUCUAAUUAUGUCACAUCCUCUUCCCCCAUAUAAAUAUUAUUAGACUAAAGGCGAUAGAGAACUGAAAAUUUUAAAUACUUGAUGUGCUAUUACAUAUUAACUUAUGGCAUUUCCAGUCAUAUGUAACAAUAUGUAAAUGGACAUUUAGACCUAGCUAUAAUAUACUUUGUUCUUUUUUAUUCCCUGUGUCAACCAGGAGCAGUGAAUUCUCUUAUCAACAGCUAUUACAGCAUCUCUUCAGCAGCCCUAUUUUUUAUUAUGUUUCCGCACCAGUGGUGUUAGUUGUCCUUCAAGUUUUGAUGAAUAUCAUAAAGUGUGUCAAGACAAAAGUAAGCUGUUUAGCUCCGCAACACUAUUAAAGGACAAUUUGAAGUAGUGGAGUAUGUGUGGCUAGAUAGUACUAGUACAUGUAUGACCACCUAACAGAUGGAGGAAUGAAAAUAAUAUUUUGAUAAAGUCUUUCUAAAUGGUAGGAUGUACAAUUUCUGCAAAAAGAAAUUGUACAUUGAUUAGUACUCUGGAAUAGCAUUUUAAACAACUGUAGUAAUAUAUAUGUUAUAUUCUUAAGGAACUAAUCAGAAUUGUGUGGAAAUGUUCAGAUUUACAGUCAGACAUUUUCUUUCUUUCAGUUUGUAACUGUGAUACAUCACUUUUUACAUAGCACUAUGUCAGCAGAAAUAAAUGUUUCUAGCAGUAAGAACCAUAAUGUACUACUACUACUACUACUACUACUACUACUACCACCACCACCACCACCACCACCACCACCACUGCAAAUGCUACUGCUGCAAAUAAAACUUUCAUUUUUUCAUAUUCCAUUAUAAAAUAAUGUAGUUAUUUGAUUUUUUAACCUUCCAGUUUUUUCUCAGACACUGUUGCAGUUUAUUAUUUCUUCUCAAAUACAUCAUCCAGUUGGUAGUCUUUAAAUUAAAUUUUCUGCCUUUAUCACUUCACAUAGGAGAGACAUAAAACACGUGUUUGCAUUUCCAUAAAUUCUGUUUUAGUUUAAUUAAGCAUUGCAUUUUAGUUUUUAUUUAUUUUAUAUCCAUGAACAGUAAGUAGCCCUUUGUGUUACUUCUAUGGCUUUCUGACAAGUUCCUAUGUGAGACAGGGGAAAUCACAACAUAAAUUGGUGUACAUUGUAGUAAUCAGCAGUAUUAUUUAAAAUACCUUUCUUGGCAUCCCUGUUCUGUUCAAUCCAAACACAGUCAAUGCAAUUGUUGUGUGAAGUAGUCUGACCCAAGCACCCAUUUUGCAGGAAAUGGUACAGUGGAGGACUGUGCAUUUGAAAGGUCAGGAAAUGGACUCUUUUUUAUAGUAGAAGAUUUCAGAUAUCAGGAGUUAAUUAUAGAAACCAAUAAAAAUAUUUUAAAUUGAAGAAAAAAUACAUACAACCAAUUCUUGUGGGAGAAUUCAGCAGGCUGGCAGAUAGAAUGCUGUGGAGGCAUUAAUGUUGUUUCAACACCAGGAAGUUUAGUCAUGCAUUAUAAAUUUUCACAGAACACUUUUGAAAUAUUCACACUAUUUAUUACGUAUAUCGGGAUUUCAGAUAGUAGAAUCGGAAUACGAGUUCCUCCACUGGGAUAUCAAGCAGGGGAAUGCUUUUUGAAAUGAUGUACAUUAUUGACACUAAAACUGAGAAGGUCCAACAGGAACCCUGAAAUGAUAACUAAUAGGGCUCUGGUAAAACUGUGACAGGCCCAGCGAGCCAACAGUGGAUUUCAAUAAUACUUUCAAAAUGAUGGGAUGCAUGGGGAGGGAAGGUAUCUCAUAUAUCAAACAUAAAUCCUCAUACUUAUGUUUGAUAUGUGUGAUAUCUUUGUUUCUCACACAUAUACUACAUAGAUAUAUUUAAAAUCAUUAAUGCAUGCAUAAAACAGAAUAAUUACUGUGGUAACAGAACAUCCGUUAGUUACAUCUUUGAAAACAGUUUUAUAAUCUGUAAGUUUAAUUCAGGCUAAAUUAAGUAAUGAUAUGACAUUACACUAUUUAAAUUAUAAGGAUUUCCAUAUUGCAGAUAAAUUGUAUUUGCAUAUGGAACAUUCAGCCUAAAGUUAAAAAUGAAAACAACUAUUAAAUCUUACAUAUCAAAAGUAACUCUGUGCUCCUUCUUAAUAACAGUGACAGAGAUAAUAAAAAUUUCAGAAUUUCACAUAGUGGUUAAUUAUGGCCUAUGUUAUAACUCUUUUCCAUGCACGAAAAACUUUUGAUUUUUUAAUAAAAAAUACCAUCCUUCUAAGUUCUUGGGCAGUUAAUAAUUUUCACUGUUUUAGCUAAUCUAUAAUUGAAAGAAGCUCAGCAACUGUAGAUUCAUUUUCAAGAAUCUUCUAAUCAUGAUUAAGAGAAUGGUCCUAUAUCCUUAAAUCAGUUAGUCUGAUACAAUCAGUGCUGCUGCUGCUGCUGCUGCUGGAGAUCAAGAACCCUUUUUCCAGCCCUGGGAAAGAGUAAUUUCUGUGAAGUUUGUAUAUAUAUAUGAGAAUCAGUAAAUAACUUCACAAAAGCUUUUAUGUUGUAAAUAUUGAUAGUGUAUUGUAAGCUGUCUAAUACUAUCUCAAAGGCAGCGAUAUCCAUAUGAUAACAAAUUUUACACUUGAUGUACAAUGAAACUUUCUGCAGCUCCCAGUGAAAGUAAAGCAAUUUAAUUUUAUUUCAUAAUGCAUGUACCCAAACCCUUAUCAGACAUCAAUAAUAGUGUGAUCAUUUUGGGAAUAGUCUAGCAAGAGUUAUGUAAAAUUGGUGAUAUGGAUGCAGUUUUUAAGGGCUUGCCAAUCUCAGUGUUAUUGAAAAACAUCUAUUUUGAAACGUGAAAGUUAUAUUGUAAACCUGUUAACAAACUUAUUUAAAAAAGAAAUAAAAAAAAUUAAGCUCUUAAAAAUCUAAAAUUUAUUAUAUACUUUAAAUAAAUUGUCAAAAUUCAGCAGUUCCAUUAAAAUAAUAAUAAACUAUACCAUUUACAAAGACAUUAACAAUCAUGAUAAACAUUAAUUGUGGCUGGCUGAAAUGAUAAAUAAUGUACAAGAACAGUGAUACUAAUUGAUUUCAACACGAUCCUUAUUUAUUUUCAUAGUAACAUAUCGAAACAUGCUCUCUUUCCAACCCAAGACUUCUGUUUUAAUUCAUAUUUUGUACAGCUGUUUCAGCUGGUUAGUUGUACGAGAAAGCACUGGGAUAUAUCUGGCAGUGUUUAUAGAAUCAGAAGAUAAAAGAAAUCACAUAGUGUAGAUUCCUUAUUUAAUAAUCCUUAUUGUUUAUUUUUCUUUUUUGAAGCAUUACCUGAUUCUUAAAUCUAUUAGAAAUUGAAGAUAGAAAGGGGAAGGUUUCAAUUACUUGGAGCUGAGACAGGAAUCAGUGCUGCUUUGUGCUAAUGUCCUGAAAUAUCAAUUCCAGACAUUUCAGAUGGAAUCUUACAGUAGUGAAUCACAAAGACCGCUAUUAAAAUAGCUACAAAUGACACAACUAUAAAAUUAGUGCAGGUUUUUAUUCAACAUAUCGCAAUGGUUGAAACAGCAUAAAGAAUCUGAAAUAAUAAGUAAGAAUGGUGUCACUAGCACUUCUACUUCGCAGUAAUAUUUUUCUUUGCAAAGAGAACUGUGUGAUGGUCAAGAGGAGAGACUGUGUUUCAAUUUACUACUCUCUGAAUGGUGAAAUGCAAGCCAAGUAAAAUAAUCCUUCAACUAAAUAUCAGGUGAAUUGUCUUCUGUAUGUAAGUAUGUACUAAAUUGCAUAUAAUACAUUAUGUAAAUAUAUACAGUGAUUUCUCAUUAUGACAUACACCACUUUCAUUUUUAUAAUGUAGUUUUGUCAGUUCCACCAAUCUGUUAUUUAAAGUAGUAAUUUUAACUCUUUACCACACCAUUCCGCUCACCAGAUCUUCAUGCUAUCACACUAGUUAAAUUUAAUACUUUAUACAUCAUAAUUUUGGACGUUGUUUUAGAAAAUGAUAUGUGAGAUCACUGCAUUAAGUGAAAGGUACAGUUAUAAGAAUUCAGGUGAUUCAUAUAAUUUGAAAAAGUUUAUAAUCAGUAAUACAAAACAGUUUGCUAGUCCCUAGAAAUUAUAAUAGAUGAUCAGUGAAGAUUCAGACAGAUGAGAGUUUCAGAUAUUUUUUGUGUAAAUUAUACAGUGUUCAAAAAUAAAGAGCACUAACUCAACAGAAGAAGUUGAGGGCAUAAAAGAAACUGUAACUGAUGUUGAUCAAUUGAUUAAAUGCCAUUAUCUUAAUGAAUUCUAAUAAGAGAAAGUGUCUGAUAAUUAAAAAAAAAAGUAAGAAGUGUGAUGAGGUACAAAACAUAGAGACAUAUGAAAUAUGCAUUUUGAUAUAUGGUAUUUCAUGCACAGAUUACACUCCUUUCGUUCCAACUUGCAUCACUGAAAUAGCAGUUUCAGCACAUGGUGCAUACACUUAUGUAAAGGAAAAGAAACCAAGAUGAGUAGGCAUACAUUGUAAUGAGUCUGACCUGCACUGUGGAGAGGAUUGUCUGUCUGUUGGUUGUAAAUAAUUUUAUAUUUACUAAAGCUGGGUAUACUGGAGCAGAAAUGUUAGAAUUGAUUAAGACUCAUCUGGUAUGUCUUCACCAUGGAUAAUCUCUUUGAUAGGUAUGAAUGCCCUUGGACAAUGAUACAACAGUUAAAUACAAGAGAUUUCCCAAAUUUAAUGACAUUUCUCGUACAAUUAUUCACUGAUUUGAGAUUCAUGACUUAUAACAAAUUAAAAAAAUUGUUAAUUCCCCAGUUUUUUUAAUAUGCACUUACUGAGCUGACAGUAGCCUAGAUGGCUUCAAACAGCAGGAAAUGCAAGAAACCUUAUUUACUAUGCAUUCCAGUCCAUUUACAUAUUCUUAAUGCUCCAUGAUGUUACAUUUAUGACUUCUUCAAAUUGUUCUAUUUCACAUAUUUUUUUAACAGAUAGACAUAUCUGAAAAUACAAGUUAACAGUAUAAAUACAUUUGCUGUUGUUUAAUUAUUAGUAUUAGAAGGAAUCAUCAAAUUUUAUUACAAAAAUAUCUAUGAGACAAGUAUGAGAAAUAUUGUUUGUUACAAGUUAUUAAAAAUAAGUUUUAUGUGUAAUAUACACAUUUAAAAGACUGCUCUUAUUUGCAAAUGGAAGAAAACAAAAUGGAUGAACAGUAUACUCCAAAAUAACUUGCAAAAUUCAGGCACAAGCAGUACUGGUUCUUGUCAGUCACAAGGAUGAUAUUCAGAUCAUACUGCGAUUCGAGAAUUGAAUUCAUCAUUGUCCUGAUCGCUGCUGUAAGAAUAAUGAAAAUUGAUAUAGCUACAUGUACCUUUAAGUGGUAUUAUGAAAGUAAUUUCAUAUGCAGAACAUACAUUUACAUAGCAUGGUGAUGUACAGUAAAUGAUUUUGUUGUACCAUCAAUCUAACAGAAGGUAGUGUAAAGUGUCUGCUUCAUAUGUAUUUUAGCUUGUAAUAUAUGUCACACUUAUCUUCGAAAAUACUGUCUGUACAAGUUUCUGUACUAUAAUGUUAUGAAAAGUGUACACUAUAUUUACUGAUAUGGAAUGGCUUAUAUUCAGUCUGCCACAGUAACAUAAAUUGAAAUAUUUCUGAAAGUGCUUUCUCAAAUUAUAUAUUUAUUUCAGUUAUAAAUGUUAUAGAGAGAUGGGCCAGCUUAGGCUACACUUAUAUAUAAAAUGUUUAUAUUUUGGGAUUCAUGUUUGUUGGUGUUAAGUGAAGAUCUUGUCCCUGUUUAUCUGUAGUAGAACUAGUAAAAGUUGGAUAUAAUUCUUAUUUUUACAGCAAAACGAUCUGCCAGUAAAAGCAUGCGAUGGUUGACAAAAGCAGACACUGCACUAUAAGAACUGGGUAUACCAUGAAAAAAUUUUAAUACAUUCUAAGUUGGCCUGGUCUCCCAAAUGGACUGAUGUCAGGUGAAUGGCACCUGAAUGAAUUAGUUAGUUAGGAUACAGCUUAUAUGUAUGGUGUUGUCAAAGGGUUGUACACAAUAAAACCAUGGUUGGUAAUUUAACUUAUCUUUUUGUUUACGGAAAUUUAUGUCUUAAAGACAUGUACAUUAGGAAUGCAUACUAUAAACUGUAUUCAGUUUAGGGCAUAAUUUACAGAUUAUCAUAGUAAGAAAAUAAGCUUUCAACUAACGUACACAGAUCCCUGAACAUUACAUAUUUUCUUGUCUUGGCAAAUGAAUACAAUUUGGCAAUGUAUUGUACUAGUAGAUAUUUUUUAAAUGUGAUGUACUGAGUCCUGACUUGAUAAACAUCCUGCCUAUUUCUAGCAUCUAUGAAAGGCAUCUGUCUAGUGAACUAUGAAAAAUUACUGCUCCAGAAAGCCACAGAACUGUAUGAAUAUUGAAAUUUACUCUGGCAGUAGCCCUGACACAUUCAUGAAUACUAAUUCUGAUUUUUUAUCCUUUCAAGACUGAGAGUGACAACAAAAUUUAAUUUGUAGAAAAUAAGAACUUGUGAUAUUAGGUUCUGCUUUUAAAGAUGUUGCAAACUAAUAUAUUACUAUAUUCCUACCCUAAACCUCUUAUUAAUUUAAGUGCAUUCAUAACCAUGCAUGGCAAAUAUUAAAUUCUCUAAAUCUAUUAAUCUGUUUGUAUGUAUGAAACAACUGUAGAAUUUCUUAAUGGUUUUUCAUGAAAUUUGAUAGUGGAGUGUUUAAGUAACAUUUGUCAGAUCUUUUAAUCUUGGUUUAAAACUGGAAA